AUGGCACGGCCGCUACACUUCGUGCUGGUGCCGCUCCUUGCGCCGGGCCACGUUAUCCCGGUGCUCGACCUGGCGCGCCUCAUCGCCGGCCGCGCCGGCGCGCGCGUCACCGUGGUCCUCACGCCCGUCACCGCCGCGCGCAACAGGGCCGUCCUGGAGCACGCUUCCCGCGAGGGGCUCGCCGUCGACGUGGCCGAGCUGCCGUUCCCGGGGCCGGCGCUGGGGCUGCCCGAGGGGUGCGAGAGCCACGACAUGGUCACGGACCUCCCCGGCAUCAUGCUCUUCUAUGAAGCCGUGUGGCUGCUCGCCGGGCCGCUGGAGACGUACCUCCGGGCGCUGCCACGGCGGCCGGACUGCCUCGUCGCCGACACGUGCAACCCGUGGACGGCCGACGUCGCGCGCCGGCUUGACAUCCCACGGUUUGUGUUCCAAGGCCCGUCGGCGUUCUUCCUCCUGGCGCAGCAUAGCCUGGCCAAGCACGGCGUGCACGACACCGACUGCGUUGCCGGCGACUUGGAGCAGUUCGAGGUGCCCGAUUUUCCGGUGCGCGCCGUCACGAGCAAGGCCACGUCGCUUGGGUUCUUCCAGUUUCCUGGGAUGGAGAAGGAAAGGCGUGACACGCUGGAAGCCGAGGCCACCGCCGACGGAUUCGUCUUCAACACCUGCGCGGCUUUCGAGAGCGCGUACAUCAAGGGAUACGGUGCGGCGCUCCACCGGAAGGUGUGGGCGGUCGGGCCGCUCUGCCUUCUGGACUCCGACGCGGAGACGACGACCGGAAGAGGCAACCCCGCGGCCGUCGAUGCCGGCUCGGUCGCCACUUGGCUCGACGCGCGGCCGCAACAGUCCGUGCUCUACGUCAGCUUCGGCAGCAUGGCCCGCCUCUUGCCGUCGCAGGCCGCGGAGCUCGCCGCCGGCCUGGAGUCGUCGAAUCGCCCGUUCAUCUGGGUGACUAGGGAGACCUCGACGCGGGGUUCGAGGAGCGCGUGGAGGGCCGCGGCUUUUUCAUCCGUGGGUGGGCACCGCAGAUGA